UUUUCUCAGCCGCACUUACUGAGUUACUAAGGAGAAGGGGCACAGGAUUUGCUGUCUGUACAUCGGUGUCUGCUCAGCUUCAGAGAGUGUGUCUUAGUAUUGACGUCCAUUCAGAAAAGACCAGAGGAUUGAUCAGACUAAGCAACAUGUGGGCUGCAUGUCCACAGAAAGAGCAGGUUCGCCCUGCUCAGGGGCUUAACUGCCGAGCAUGCUAGGGAAAGCUCCGCCUGCAACCAGUAGCCUCAACCUGGUAACCUCUGAGGUGUCUGACGCCACAUCGGCCCCGGACGCUCACGACGGUAUCACGAUGGCCGACCUUGUGGAGAGCCUGGACACCAGAGAGCUGGACAUGGGGGAGGGAGAGGAGAACGAGUAUGAUGGAAGCUACUUAGGGGACUGUCGUAUCCCAUUUUCAGCGGUGUAUGCCACAGUGGGCUUCAAGGAGGCCGUCGCCAAGGUCUACCUUCCCACUGUGCCCAUCACCGCCCGGAUACUGGAGGUGGAGAGAUUCACCACCGUACAGGAUCGCUUCAACCUGUCGCACCAGAGGAGUGUCAACAAGUCUCUGCCGGCAGUGUUUAAGAUCGAGCUGAAGCACGGUGAGUUCACCUGGGUGGUUAAGAGGAAGGAGAAACAUUUCAUGGAGCUGCACAGAGAGCUGAGGACGUACAAGACCUUCAUGAGGAUACCGCUGCCAUCACGCAGCCACACGGUGAGGAGAAGGACGGUGAGGAAGAGCGAGGUGAGGGAGAUGCCCUCCCUGCCGAGGGGAGACGAGCUUGUGAAAGACGAGCAGGUCUCCAGCAGAAGGAGGCAAUUAGAGGACUAUUUGAAUAAGCUGCUGAGGAUGGCCAUGUACCGCAAAUAUCACCAUACUAUGGAGUUCAUUGACAUCAGCCAGCUGUCUUUUAUUCAUGACUUGGGGCCCAAAGGACUGGAGGGGAUGAUCUAUAAGCGAUCAGGCGGACAUCGUAUCCCCGGCAUGAACUGCUGCGGUCACAGCCAGGCCUGCUUCCGCUGGUCCAAACGCUGGUUGGUGGUGAAGGACUCGUUCCUUUUGUACAUGAAGCCCGACUCGGGGGCCAUCUCUUUCGUCCUGUUGUUGGAUAAAGAGUUCAGCAUCAAGAUGGACUCCAAAGACACAGAGACCAAACAUGGAGUCCGGGUUGACAGCCUCUCCAGGACAUUGGUGUUCAAGUGCAGCAGCUACAGACAUGCACGCUGGUGGGGUCAGAGCAUCGAGAGCUUUGUGAGGAAUCACGGAAAGGCUUUCCUCAGAGACCACCGCUGCGGGUCUUUUGCACAGGAGCAGGAAAACAUCCCCGCCAAAUGGUAUGUGAAUGGAAAGACUUACAUGGAGGACGUGGCUGAUGCUCUGGAGGAGGCUAAAGAGGAAAUCUUCAUCACUGACUGGUGGUUGAGUCCAGAGAUCUUCCUGAAGAGACCUGUAGUGGAGGGGAACAGGUGGAGGCUAGACUGUACCCUCAAACGCAAAGCACAACAGGGAGUGCGCAUCUUUGUGAUGUUGUAUAAAGAGGUGGAGCUCGCCCUGGGCAUCAACUCGGGCUACAGCAAGCGGACACUGAUGCACCUGCACCCCAACAUCAAGGUGAUGCGUCAUCCUGAUCACGUCUCCUCCUCCGUCUAUCUGUGGGCGCAUCACGAGAAGAUCGUUGUCAUUGACCAAUCUGUGGCCUUCGUGGGCGGGAUCGACCUGGCAUAUGGUCGCUGGGACGACAGAGAGCACCGGCUGACAGAUGUCGGCAGCGUCACGCGCUCGGUGGCUCUUGAGCAGGCUGGCUCCACCACCACUCCGUCCAAAAAGGGCGUGUCCUCCGUUGACGUCUCCAACAUCAACGGACGAGGGGCGCCGCCCAGUGACCCGGUGGACUUGCCGAAGCUGAAGGGGAUCGGACGCAGCAGGAAGGCUCGCUUCAGUCUGUACAGACACCUGCACAAACACACGCUGCAGCACGCAGACAGUGUGAGCAGUGUGGACAGCGCAGGGAGUGGUUCAGUGAAAAGCCUAAAGACCGGCGUUGGAGAGUUGCAGGGGAAUACACGCUUCUGGCAUGGAAAAGACUACUGCAACUUUGUCUACAGGGACUGGAUCCAGUUAGAGAAACCUUUUGAUGACUUCAUCGACAGAUACACCACUCCCAGAAUGCCUUGGCACGACAUCGCCUCGGUGGUUCACGGCAGAGCCGCGCGCGAUGUGGCCAGGCACUUUAUUCAGCGCUGGAACUUCACUAAGAUCAUGAAGCCAAAGUAUCGCUCUCUCUCUUAUCCAUUCCUGCUGCCCAAGUCUCACUCCACCGCCAGCGACCUCCGAUACCAAGUGCCUGGCUGUGUCAACGCCAAAGUGCAGGUGUUGCGGUCAGUCGCAGAUUGGUCGGCAGGUAUAAAGUACCACGAGGAGUCCAUCCACAGCGCCUACAUCCAGGUCAUCGCCAAGAGCAAACACUACAUCUACAUCGAGAACCAGUUCUUCAUCAGCUGUGCCGACAACAGGACGGUCUACAACAAGAUCGGAGACGCCAUCAUUGAGAGGAUCCUCAGAGCGCACAAGGAGGGUAAGAAGUACCGGGUGUAUGUGGUCACCCCCCUGCUGCCUGGUUUUGAGGGGGACAUCACCACCGGAGGAGGGAACGCCAUCCAGGCUGUGAUGCAUUUCAACUACAGAACCAUGAUCAGAGGAGAGUACUCAAUCAUCUCCCAGUUGAAAAAGGAGAUGGACGACCAUUGGAUGAACUACAUCUCCUUCGCUGGACUGCGGACUCACACUGAGCUGGAGGGACGGCUCGUCACAGAGCUCAUUUACGUCCACAGCAAGAUGCUCAUCGCUGACGACAACACGGUCAUCAUCGGUUCUGCCAACAUCAACGACAGAAGCAUGCUGGGUAAACGUGACAGCGAGGUCGCGGUGAUUAUCGAGGACUCUGAAAAGGUCCCUUCGAUGAUGGAUGGACAGGAGUAUGAGGCUGGACCCUACGCGCUGCAGCUGCGCCUCGAAUGCUUCAGGACCAUCCUUGGAGGUCACACUGACACCACUAUUGAUGUCUCUGACCCGAUCAGCGAGCGCUUCUAUAAGGAGGUGUGGAUGACCACGGCUGGCCGCAACGCCACCAUCUAUGAGAAGGUGUUCCGAUGCCUUCCUUCGUCCCUGGUGAGGAACAUGUCCGAGCUGGAGCAGUACCAGUCCAAACCGGGUCUGGCUCAGUCGGACACGGCCCGAGCUCAGGAGGAGCUGCGCAAAAUCCGAGGCUUCCUGGUCCAGUUUCCUCUGGACUUCCUGUCUGAGCAGAACCUCAUGCCCUCUGUUGGAACAAAGGAGGCCAUGGUCCCAACGGAGAUCUGGACAUAAAGGAUGCCAGGAACCUACACAUCAGAAUUUCACUUUUUUAAGCAUCUUGAGUGAAGUUUCAUGAUCGUCUUUGAAUUUGUAGUAUUGGAUUAUUGCAGAGAUCAUCUUAAAUCCAGAGAGGAGUGCGACCUCUGGAUGAUUUGACUGCCGGGCAUUGACGAAUCCCUCAGAUCCUGUUUCUACUGAAAAUCACUAAACUGUAGUCAAAGCUUUUUUGGGUAAGCAUUAACUCUAUUGGGAUGUAUGAAGAGAUAAGACAUCGCACUUGAGGACAAUAUUUAUGAUGGCAUUCAAGCUGUGGAGAUAAGGAACAGCCACAUGAACUUUGGUUUUCGGGAAUCAACUCAACCCUGCCGACGUAUCCCUUUUGGACUGUUGGAAACGCUAACAAGGCAGCAAGGAUUACUAAGGUAUGAGGGCGAGGCAAUAGCAAGUUUUUGACAAUGACGCUAAUCAAUAUUCAGCUCUUGGUUUAAAAUGAUCCCAAAAUACACCGACAUGGUGAUGCAUGUGACUUCCUGAGUUUGUGGUCUAUUCUUGUAAAGUGCAUUAGUGCUAAGUACGCUGUUUAUGAGCUCACAGACGACUGCAUUAGUUGAGUUUCUAAGUGAGUUUUCUCAGAUGUGUCUUGAUGGGGUUUUUUUCUGUAAAACAAAUCCAAAAUGUGAUCGCUCUUUCCUGUGCAGAGGAAAACACUUCUACCGGUUCAUCAGUGGUGCAUGAUACUACUAACUCAUCUUGUUAACAUAAUUCUAACAUGCAUGUACCAAUCACAUCUCUGGAAAACAUUAUAUUUCCUGUCGAAAGUGUUUUGUGACAGGUAACCCCACAAGACAUGAUGAAGUCUGAACUUUACUGGUGAAAUCAAAGGGAGCUGUGUUGAUCUGAAAAAACAAUAAUUCAACUCAGGUGCAACACCCGAUGUUCAGAGGCUGUAUCAACGGUAAUUAUCAGAGGCUGGAUGCGACAAUCGGGUCACUGUUUCAAAGUAGUCAUUUCCUCUUCGCUCAACAGAUGGUGCUAUUUUCUUAAAAAUCCAGUUUGUGUACAGCGGUCUAAUAUGGGCCUUUUACUUCCUCCUGCUUCUUUUCUUAGUCUUAUAGUGUUUGAAACAAUGCAGACAUUGACAUUAAAACAUUUAUUUUCCAUAUAGCUUGCAUCCCAUGCCAGAGGCAAAGCGCUCACGUGAAGAUGGAGUUUUAAAUCGCUUGUUACGUUUCCAGUUUCCACGCAGUUCCAGUGGUUUUCUUGAAGCUUUUUACUCAACGUCAACAAAAAAAAGAGAUCUUUUUAAAAUGUAACACAGCCUGUUAUCUGUCAAAGAGGAACUACGUUUUCUAGGGAUUCUUCUGGCUUGUGACUUACAAUAUGAAGCACAUUUAUAAAUGUUUGGACUCUGUGUAGUCUGGUUUGUUUUAAUAUCGGUCACAGUAUCUUGAUUAUCAUCAACCUCCUCUGAAUGUGGUGUGAAGGAACCACUCCUUUAGAUUCCAGCUGAUCUCUGUUAUGUUAUUGCAGAUUAGUUGAAUAUAUAUUGUUUUUGAAUGGGACCAGGGGAUUGAUGGAUGUAAGUGACUGAACACAUCCCAGCCUCUGAACUUGAUUUCAACAUCACCGUUUGUUUACCCUUGCUGGAUUUGUCGUUUAAUUAUCCAUGGAAAAUUGAUCAUGUAACUUUCUUUAAACAUGUAUUUUUUAAUGUAUGGCAUCUGAUGGUUGUGACUUCAUAUUACUUUUUCAUAACCGUCCGCUACCUGUACCCCUUGAGCUCAAUUCAGCUGAUCUUGCUUCCACUGUUUAUGUAUCGUACUUUUUUUUUCUACUUUUGAAACUUUUUGUUAAUGUUUGUCUGUUCACGUAACACAGUGUAAUUCAUAAUUUAAGUGGCAAACAAAUAAAAUUAUAUUUGGAAAUGUU